AUGUUUACAGAAUCUUAUACUUCCAAACAAAAAACCCACUCUAAUAUGUUCUCUCAAAUAUCAGAGAAUGGUGCGCGAGCUAAAUCAACAAGAGAGCCUUCAUUUUUCGCGUCUGAUCCCAUUCCAACUACUUCAGCUCAAGGUUCAAGUCCUGAGCCUGGCCAAGGCUCAAUAAUUCAACACGUAACAUUUGCAAAUCAAGAUACAUUCUUCCCUGUUGAGUCCUCUUUUAGCGUCAUUGAAGACGAUAGUCGUUUCUUUGAGCAACCAACUCCCACUCCUGGUCCUUUUCGUAGUGCAAACGCGUCUCAUGAUAUGGGCAGUCAAGAAACACCCGUUAAAUUCAAAUUCGGAGAUGUUUCAGUUGUAUAUCUUUCCCUUAUUCCUUACCAAAUUCGAGACAAGUUACCCCAAAUAAUAAAUAAAUCUGCAUGCAACGCGGUCUUGAAUUCGAAUAAUAAGACAGCCACACUUAUAACAAGAGCCAAAUGUUUUGCCUGGAUAUACAAACACGAUGAUCGGGAUGAGAAAAUCUUUAAACCAUUCAUGCCACCGACUCUUCGUGAUGAAUUCCCACUUCCAAUCGAUAACAAUUCUCAACAUCAACAACCGGCAAAUCAACCAUCACUACCAUUUUUAUGUAUUGUUCCGCCUGCUAGGAAUGUAAUUUCAGCGGGGUUAAUUGCUUGCUCGCCAAAAGGUCAAAUCCGAUACUGGAGAAAUGUUUUUAACAUUGCAGAAGAUUUAAAUCACUAUCAAAGUUUACAAUUGCCAGUUCAAGCUAAUGAUUAUGGCGUAUAUCUGAAAUUACAUGAGUUCGGAGAAUCCAAAGAUUCUUCAUCUAAUCAAAAUGUUAUAAUAUUUGGAACAAAUAAAUCCACUUUAUUCCAAAUCUUUAUUCACAACAACGAUGCAUUUAGUGAUACGCUAUCAUAUUCUGUAUUAUCGCGUCCCUCAAUAUUUUUCUUUGGCAAUGGUAUCCAAUAUGAUACUACGACUAUAGUUGCGUCUGCUUUGGCAAAACAAUCGGAUUACAUUCAUUCAGACUCAUUAUACAUUUUGACUCAAAAUGCUAUUGAGGAAUGGACAUUAGGAGAUGUGAAGCGCCCACUUAAGUAUGUAGGCGGUGAGGAUAUAAUUUCAAUGAUCCUUGAAAGAUUGCCAGAAUAUGAUCAAGGACUUCAGGAUCGAAAUAGACUUGUUAUACUGGACAUGGAUAUUAACAGAAAUAGCGAGCUAUUACUCCUUGUAGCCUUUAUCAAAGAUCCAUUAGAAUGGCAUUAUUAUUUAGUCUUGAUGAUGAAAAUAGAUAAUUCAACUUACCAAAUUAAUGAAGCGAAUCUCUUAAAAAUUCCAGAAUCAAUGAUACCUAGCGAUGAUGCCCAUCUAAUAAUACCGCAAGGAGGAUUAGCAGUCUUUGUUGUUUUGCCUGACGCAGUUAUAUUCGCGACUAAAAGCAAGAAUAAUAAAAUUAUCGGCUUUGGCACUAAAGAGUCCAAAUCAUGGAUAUCUGAACAAAUGGAUGACAUCUGUAAGUUGGAUAUAAUUACCACAAAAACAGGUAUUAUGUCUUGCCAAGUAUCAAUUGCAGAUAUUCAGGAAUUUGCUGAAGCAACGCCAAAAAGUGAAGAUGAACAAGAAUUGAAGGCUCAAGAAACAGCGAAUUUAAAGAAAAAAAUUGAUGAUUGUGUUACCUUUAGUCCUUUCGUAAUCUACCUGUCGCAUGAUUACGCUGGCGAUCUUGAAGCUGUGGCCAUAGAGAUCAGUCAAGAAAUAUUAGAAUCUCGGUCGAAUCAUAUAACUGAUACACUUAUACUGAACAAACAUUUGAAUUAUCGACUCAAUCGAGCGAUGCAUCUUAUCAAAUUCAUAAAAGCAUGUGGAUUUUAUCAUAAAGUGUGGGCUUUUAUACUUAUUGAGACAGCCUUGAGUGAGGAUACUCGUCAUCGACUAUUCUCAGACUCCGAAAAAUUGGCUUGUGCAAAGCGAAUGUGGGAAUUACAUGAGCAUAGAUUGCAGAAACAAGAAUCUGGGUUAUUACAUGUCAAUUUCCUGAACGAAGCAAUUAAAGAAUAUUUUCGCCAUCGCGAAUUUACAGCCAACGAAGAUAUUAACAGAAUAUUUUAUAAAGACUACGUUAAGGACAUUGGCGAAAUCUUUCUGAUAUUGCACAAGCUUGUUGAACAAGAACUGGAAGAAUAUCAUGAUGAGACCGAAGUUAAGUUGAUUGAAGAAGCGAAUAAUAUUGCUUUGUAUACAAUGCAAGGGAUUUUUGAAUUUCGCAAAGACCUAGGUCUAGAAUACCAACUUAAAGAAAGGGACAAUAGAUACUCUUUUACAACCCAAGAACAAAUUAUAGAAGUCUUUCAUUUUCUAUUCGAUAAGACGAUCUCUUUGGUUGAACAUUAUGAUAUGGCCGGCUUAACACCACUGAAAUCACAAGCUGUGAAAUUGGCAAAUAUUUUAUUUGGAAUGAGCACAGAUCGAUUCAUAUUGCAAGAUUUUUCGCAACUCGAAAUUGGUUAUAGGGACAUGAAUAAAUCGAUUAACGAACAAAUUUAUCGGAAGCGAUGGUUGGAAAUAUUGCAAUCACUGGCUAAAAUUGAGAAAAAGGAAGAUGCGUUUCAAACUGCUGAUACUUAUAAAGAUUUUCAUUCUCUGGCUGUACUUUGUGUCGAAUGUGAAACGAAUCCCGAAAACCGCGACGCGUAUAUCCGAAAAUAUAUAAAUAUUCAUGGAGAACAGUUUGCCAACGAACUAUAUAAUUAUUAUCUUCAAAAAAAGCACGCCAAAGAGAACAAAGAUUUACUUCACAAAUAUUUACACGAGCGAAAUAUCUCGAAAUUGGCUUGGUUGCAUGCUAUUGGAAUGGAAAAUUAUCGGGAGGUUGCGGAACAAGCCGCAAGGGCUGCAAGUGUCGAAGACAAAAUCGAGAAAAAAAACGUUCUACUUAGUAUUGCUAAAUUGGCAAUGUUAGAAGCUGCAGAUGAAGAUGCUGAACAAUUUGUCGACGAAGUCGAUUCAGGUCUUUGGUACAACAAGGGGCAAGAGAGCAUAUAUGAGAAAUACAUUACAGAGAUUGGCACAGCGGGCACUUAUAGAGAUAAUUUGGAAACCCAAGCGAAAAGUAUUUUGCAAAAAUUUGCUCCAAGUUUAUCCGAAGAAACACCAACAUUUGCCAAGGUUUUUUUGCACUUGGUUAAACAAGUACUGAGCAAACGAAUACUAAAACCAUACGAUUUAGUUGACCUUCUCACGCUUCCUGAUAUUGUCGAGACCGAACAUUUCGUGCAAGCUAUUCAAAUAGUAGAACAUGAUAUCAAGUCUCGAUUCUCUGUAGAUUCGACAUAUAAACUCGUGAUAGGAACUAUAUGGCGUAGAAUCUAUUUACACGAUGGUAAGCACUGGAAAACCUUAACAAAUACCAACAGUCUAUCGGACUAUGAAAUUAUGGAGCAACUUAGACAGACAGCCACAUAUAAAACUAUAGAAAGUUUGAUUCAUUUUAACGAUGAUGUUGAUUGGCAUGACUACUUUUGUCCGCUCAGAGAUGCAAUGUUUCCUUGUUCUACCCCAAAUCUAUCUAAACGUUUCCCGGAUGCAGAUGAAGAAUUUUUGAGUUCUUUACUCAUUGAUUAUGAUCAUGAAAAUAAGAGUUUACAAGAUUAUUUAGAGACGACACGAAUCGACAACAAUGUUAGUGAACUAUUACGAUUACUUGAAAGUAAUACGGAGGCAAAGAAACCAAAGAAAUCUACAAAGAAUGAAUCAACAAAAGUAGCGAAAGCUUCCAGUCGUAAAGCUUUGAAAGAAAUUACUAAUCAGUUAUCAGAAAAGGAAGAGGAGGAAGAAGAGAAACUUGAUGUCUGGUCUGCCGAGCAAAAACAAAGAUUAUUUGAUGCUCUCUCUGCGAAACCAGUUCCCGUGAAGGUUGUUUCGAAGCCGUUGGAUGAAGUUUUGGAGGGUUUACGCUCGCAAAAUGCCGUAACUCAUCCAAUUUUUUUCAAGGAAAGAUCAGAAAAAAAUUCUGACACAAUACCAACAAUUGACAUCAUCGGAGAUCCUUUGCCUCAAAAUACCGAACAAAAAAAUAUAAAUUUGCAGUUAGAACCUUCUGCUAAAGAAGAAUCUUUGUCUAAUAAGGACAAAUACACGGAUUUUAAGCCGUUGAAAUUGAAAACUCGACAAAAAUCGCGAUUAUUGAAGAAUCUCAAUACAGAAAAACAGGCUGCUUCUGCAUUAGAAGAAACUAACACGAUUAUCAAUCAAGAAAAAAAUAAUCCAUCACCUUCACCCAAGUCAGCCAAAUCACUUUCAGGUUCAAAACCAAGACACCAAUUAGUGACAAUUCAAAAACCUAAUGGGCAAACUAUUCAUAGUGGUAGUUCUCGAAACUUCUCCAAUUCACAGUUGCAAGAUCCAAAGCUCCUCUUCAGCGAUUGGACCAUCAAAGAAAGCAUUAUAAUUACCUCUAGUAAACCUUUUCCGAUGGGUAACCUUUUCCAAAGUGACGACGAGAUCUUUCUUGACGAGAUGGAAAAAUCAAAUGAUAAUAUUCCAGCAGAAUCAGAAUCAUCAUUGGAGAAGCACGAAUCUCGACGUCUGAAAUUCAGGAAGUCGUUGAAACAUUGGAUUUAUCCUCCAAGUCAAUUCGAAGAUGGACAAAUUAAAGCAUUGGAAAGUCUAUUCUGCAAGCCAAAUUUCCCUUAUCUUAAACCAAACACUGUCAAUUAUACGGCUGAAAUGAAACUCUUAAAAUAUUACAGAGAGAUGGAAAAAAAUUGGAAAAAGACAUUUAUCUUGUUAUAUCGUAGUUUUAAUAACGGAGAGAUUCCUUAUUUCUACUACAAUAAUUCCUCUUUUACUGCUCUCUUCCUUUCACCGGAAUGUUGUUGCUCAACAGAAGAUCAAAAACAAUUCGAGGGAAUAUUGAAUUCAUCUAGUAAAGCACUUCGAGAUGAACUCACUUCCAAAAGUAUUUCCUUUAAGAUGCCUUUAUAUAAUGAAGAAUAUGAUGAAUAUUUUGAUCAGGUUGGAACUCUUGAUGAAAAUGACCAAGACCAUAAAACGGAGAGAAAGCGCAAGAGAAGAGAUGUAGGUGGUGAACACGAGUCGCUACUCAUUAUCGAUGGAAUCAAAUCGGUACAUGCUCUCUUUAAAUACUUGUUGGAAUGGAAAGAGCCUGCAUAUUACAAUCGAGCCAAAGGAUUCCCGACACUCCUCGCAUCGCACGCUUUUCGGCAUGCCGAUGAGAAAGAAGCAACAGCUGUGAAUAAAGGAGCCGUUAGCUACAACAAUUCAGAAAAGUACACAGUUGAAUUGAAAGGUUUGCUAUUACCGAGUCAACAAACGUAUCUACGCCAAGUGAUGACCGAUAUUCACGGACUAGAUAUUGAUUGGCACUCAAAGUCACUUUCUAUCAGUCAAAAUUUGGAAAAAUUGGAAAGAAAAUUCCUUACGUUUUCUUGA